CAGACGCUCAACACCAUUUAUCUUUUCAAAGGUUCAUCAUGAGGACUGAGGUCGCCCUCCAGCUGGGCUUCUGUGGCCUGUGUCUGACUCUGGCACUUCUUGGAGAAGGAAUGGCAGUGGAGCUUCCUGAUCCACCAGCAGUGAAUUGUAGAUGGGGUAUCUGGUCACAGUGGAGUGCAUGUGAUCCGUGCACAAAAACCAGGAGACGUUCUCGAACCGUCGAAGUGUUUGGCCAGUUCGGAGGUGAGUCGUGCCAGGGUUCACUCGGGGACAGGGAGCAAUGUACAACAGAUACUAAAUGUGCUCGACCACCGCCCCCUCAGUGCUUGGACUCAGAGUUCCAGUGUGAGACAGGUCCUUGCAUUAACAAGAGACUAAUGUGCAAUGGAGACUAUGACUGUGAGGAUGGAUCAGAUGAGGACUGUGAUCCUGUUCGCAAACCAUGUGGGACGAGAGUCGUUGAAAACAAUGAGCAAGGCAGAACUGCAGGAUACGGAAUCAACAUCUUGGGUGCAGAUCCUCGUAUGAACCCCUUCAACAAUGACAACUUCAACGGAAGAUGUCAAGUAGUGAGGAAUCCAAACACUCAGCAGUAUGACAGGCUUCCAUGGAAUGUUGGUGUGCUGGACUAUCAGACUCUGGCUGAGGAGACUGUUUCUAGGGAAAUCUACGAAGACACACACAGCCUUCUGAGGGAAAUACUGAAAGAGAUGACGGUGAAAUUGGAUGCUGGACUUUCCUUCAAAUUCAGUGCGAGUGAGGAGUCCAUGUCCAAAUCGCAAUCCACCAAGGUGAAGUUAGAUUACAACUACGAGAAGAAAACUAUGAUAAAGGAGGUCACAGAGUACAGCACCAUUAAGAACAAGAGCUUCAUGCGGGUGAAAGGCCGAGUACAGCUGAGCACCUACAGGCUGCGCUCUCGUGACUUCAAAGUGGCCGAUGAAUUCCUUGCGCACGUCGAGUCUUUACCCUUGGAGUAUGAGAAGGGUAUUUACUUUGCCUUCAUGGAAGACUACGGAACCCACUACACAAAAAACGGGAGGUCUGGCGGCGAAUACGAGUUGAUCUAUGUCCUCAACCAGGACACCAUCAAGGCAAAAAAUCUGACGGAGAGAACGAUUCAAGAGUGCGUCAAAAUAGGCAUCUCAGCAGAUUUUGGAGAAGAUACAAAAGGAAACGUUAACAGAGACAAGUGUGAUGACGUGACUAAGAAAGAAGAAGGAAGUAUUCAUGGAAAAGCAGUGGUGGACAAGGUGAUGACAUCAGUCAAAGGAGGCACUCUAGAAAGUGCAGUCACUAUGAGAGCUAAAUUAAACCAGGAUGGGGUGAUGGACCUCGCUACGUAUCAGAACUGGGCACGGACCGUCGCUGAGGCCCCAGCGCUGCUCAACAGUGAGCCAGAGCCCAUCUACAUGUUGAUCCCAUUGGAAAUGCCUGGUGCUAACUCCAGGAUAGCAAACCUGAAGCAGGCCACAGCAGAGUAUGUAGCAGAGUAUAACGUGUGCAAGUGUAAGCCCUGCCAUAACGGAGGUACCCUCGCUCUGCUCGAUGGAAAGUGCAUGUGUCUGUGCCCUCACCUGUUUGAGGGCAUGAGCUGCCAGAAUUUCAAGGGCGAUAAAGCUCAACACCCAGGUACGAGACCAACUGUUAAUCAGGAAGGUAACUGGUCGUGCUGGUUGGCCUGGUCCAGUUGUAACGGAGGGAAACGCGCCAGGACCCGCGGCUGCAACACAGACGGGCUCGUGGGAGCUGUGUGCAGGGGCGACACCAACAGUGACGAAUUCUGCUGAACAGAAAGAUGAUCAGUUUCUCACUAUCUCUAAAACACACACACACACACACACACACACACACACACACACAACUCUAACCCUAAAAUCAAGUCUUAAACCUCACACAAAAUAUCUUCACUUUGCAAAAUCUCCUCACUCUGUAGGGUCUAUCCUGAAAAUGGACCCCACACACAUAUAAGUACAGCAACACACACACACACACACACACACACACACACACACACACACACACACACACACAUACUCACUCACUCACUCACUCACUCAC